AUGGUUCCCUCGUACCUGGCAGUGACAGUUGUGGCAGCUUCCUUUUGGCACGAUCGAUCAUCCCCACAUUCCUGGAACCUCAUCCCAACUUUGCCUGCUUCAAUACAACAGAGACAGAGGGGCUCGUCUCCCCGAUCGGCGCUGGGGACGCAGCAUCAAAGACCACAGGGCCUCUCUCCUUUCCAAUACCGGCUCGGCCUCGCCCCCCCCUCGAUCGAGAAAGGACUGCGUUUGGAGCCUCGCCCCCCCUCGAUCGAGAAAGGACUGCGUUUGGAGCCUCGGACCCCCCUCCAUCGAGCAAGGACUGCGUUUGGAGCCUCGCUGAUUGGGUUCCCCGCGAGCAGGAGACGACGCCAGACGCAGCGGCUCCGAGCCUGUCGGUUGCCGUGGACUCGAACAGCACCGCACCGCUGGCCGGCUGGCUGGCGACGGGAGUUGCCAUCUAUCGGAGCCUGUUCCAUUAGGGAUUCGACAUUGUUGCCCCGGCGGUCUGGACAUUGCACUCGUUCGACGUGCUUGGCCACAUCCGAGUGGCAUUUCGCUCGCCCGCCACCCCGGUUCUUUGUUUCCAACCAUACUCGGCCUCUCUGCACUGCUCACCUGACGCUUCUCUCGCACCUUUGUCUCCUAUUUGCCCUCAUAUUCAUAAACUCUCACUCCCAUUCUCCUCCUGCUGCUGCUGCUGCUGCUGCUGCUGCUCCUCCUCCUCCUCCCCCUCCUGCUGCUGCUGCUCCUCCUCCUCCUCCUCCUCCUCCUCCUCCUCCUCCUCCUCCUCCUCCUCCUCCUCCUCCUCCUCUUCUCCAGCACCGUCCUCACGUUGCCGACAACGACCCCGGCAUCAUCUGGACUGCAGGCCAUCACGUCCCAUCCGAGCAUAUUCAGCACAGACGCCGCUGCUUUUAG